AUGCACAUUAUCACUGUUCUUUGUGGUGUUGAUGGGGUGUUUGGAGAUGAGAAAGGCAUGAUUGUCAAAGCAUCUCUACUGCCUAAUGGAAGAGAUGAUUUCCGUAAAGGCCACUUUCUGAAGGAAGUUUUGGUUUCAGAAAUUUGUUUUCCAAUCUGUUUUUAUUGUGUUUGCUUUCUCAGCCUGCAAGGCCAGGGGAUCGGAUCUGAGGGUUCACUUCAAGGUUCAGCUACACAGUAUCCGUUCCUCGGUAGUUCAGCUAAUUUGAAUCUGCAAAAACUAGUUGCUGGAAAUAGCAGUUAUGUUGAUGUUGAAUUCAUCGAUCCUGUGAUUAUGGCCGUUAGCAGAGGGAAGCUUCCACUGCCGAUGACGCACCAGAUCUCUCCCGACUACAACUUCAACAUGUUGGCUAAUUUCUCUGAGAUGGACCAGAGGCUUUAGUUGUUGCAGUCAAGAUCUAGUAAUCUGAAUUAGAAUCCAUUGAUGACAGUUGAUCAAAGCUUUAAUUGUUGAAUUCUUUUUUUUUUUUUUUUACCCCAGAUUUCUAUUCCAAAUAGAAACUAAAAUUUCAAUUUGAAAAGUGGGUGUGAUUCUCAUGUUUUUCUC